UCGACGGGAAGUGAAUUUGGCAUCGUUUUGUUAAAAAUUGCAAUUUUCCCGUAUAAAACCGCUUCAAAAUGCCGUAUGCCAACCAGCCAUCGGUGAAUAUUACGGAACUGACGGACGAGAAUGUGAAGUUUGUCGUCGAGGACACGGAUUUAAGCGUCACCAACAGCCUCCGGAGAGUGUUCAUCGCCGAGACCCCAACGCUGGCCAUCGAUUGGGUUCAACUGGAGUCGAACACGACCGUUUUGGCCGAUGAGUUCCUUGCGCACCGGGUCGGGUUGAUUCCGCUCAUCUCGGACGAAGUGGUGGAACGGAUGCAGUACAGCAGAGAUUGUACUUGUUUGGAUUUUUGCACCGAAUGCAGCGUAGAGUUUACGCUGGAUGUCAAGUGUAACGAUGAACACACAAGGCACGUAACGACGGCGGAUUUGAAAUCCAGCGAUCCUAGGGUUUUGCCAGUUACGUCGCGGCAUCGAGACGACGAGGACAACGAAUACGGCGAGGGCACGGAUGAAAUUUUGAUCAUCAAGUUGCGAAAGGGACAGGAGCUGAAAUUGCGUGCAUAUGCCAAGAAGGGAUUCGGAAAGGAACACGCCAAAUGGAACCCGACUUGCGGUGUAUGCUUCGAGUACGAUCCGGACAAUUCUAUGCGUCAUACUCUUUUCCCGAAACCGGAUGAGUGGCCAAAGUCGGAACACACCGAACUGGAGGACGACAAGUACGAAGCGGAUUUCAACUGGGAGGCUAAGCCAAACAAGUUCUUCUUCAACGUGGAAACAUCCGGGGCCCUCAAGCCAGAAAAUAUCGUUAUGAUGGGAGUGCAGGUGCUGAAGAACAAACUUUCAAACCUGCAGACGCAGCUCAGUCACGAACAACAGACUGAUGCUUUGGCUAUUUAAGAAACAUCUAAUGAUAAGGAACA